AUGUUAGAUUCAGCCGAAAGCCUGCCGACAAAGACUCCUGAGCAUAACGACAACCAUGUUGGAUCUCGGACCGACGAUAUCAGAACAGCUAAAUCCGCCAAUGCUGCGAAGCUGCAUAAAUUACAUCGCAAGAAGCUCAUUACACUGUCAUACGCCCAAGAUGAAGAGGAAGACAUGAGAGUCGAGCUGAAGUACACUCAGAGAACGGCAAUGCUCUAUGAGGAGCUCUAUCAUAGAAAGGAGGAAAUCAAGGAACUUGUUGCCUUUCACUGUGGGCUGACUCCAGACAUGGUGCAAACAAGAAUUGUCCAGACGUACCAAUACCCAAGUUACGAGGCUUCGGAAUACCUGGUGGACUUAGUGAACUCCUUUCUCGAUCAUGGUUAUAUCCUGAUGGAUUGGAUUGGAGAUGAUGAUGUGCAGAUGCUCUCCACAACCUUCUCCCAACCACAUACAGAUAUCCAGAUUGUGAAUUUGUAUCGAAGCAUGUCGAAAAUUAUGCUCUCACUUGCAAAGACUCCACAACCACGAAUAGGAACUUGGACCGUUGAUAAUUAUGGUCGAAUCAGCCUCACAAAUCGCCCCAUUUUCUGCCACCUUCAUCAGCUGGAGAACUGGUCUAUACCUACUACCCCGCAGACUACAACAUACACCAGUGCUGAUAGUUUCUACUUUGACCUACUUGAAGGCCAUGAUAAUCGGCUACGAUAUCAGGCGAAUGCUGCAACCAACGAAAGUGAUGCACGUGGUCAGGCAACGGAUCUGGUGCUAAUGCGAGCACUCCUUCAUAGGUUUACCGACCGGCACCUUCGUGAUGGCCCUUUUUUUAUGCAAUUGACAGAUAUGCAUAAUAGUAACAUCCUCGUGGAUCAGAAGUGGAAUAUCAAGCAUGUUAUUGAUCUCGAAUUGGCUUGUUCGUUGCCAAUAGGGUGCUUGCUACCGCCUUUCUGGCUGACAGGGCAGAGUGUUGACCGUCUCAAGGACGCUGAGUACGAAAGAUUCAGAGUAGAGUACGAGCGAUUUGUGGACAUUUUUGAGCGCGAGGAACAGAACAUGAAGACGCCGUUGCAUUAUUCUCCUUCGGCGUGUAUGAAGACAGCCUUGAUCAGCGGACGAUAUUGGUAUUUCAAUGCCUUGCAAACACCAAAGGGUCUGUUUAAUCUUUUCCGGCAGCACCUACGUUCACGCUUUGAUAAGACACCUUUACCUGUUGUUUGUGAAGGAGUCUCCGCAUUUUGGACGCGUGGAAUGACGACCUUUGUACAGUGA